AUGCGACGUUUCCCAGAUUCAUCGGCCGUUUUAGUGCGAUACAGCCGUGAUGAUAAAGGUGGACCUAAACUGAGUGAUUACGAACUAUUAGAGUUCCCUGCAAGUGAAACUGAUAGAGCUAAGUUACUUGAUGAAAUGUUGCAAAAAUGUUUGGGAGUUCGAGGCCGCGUCUUAAAAGAACGCAAAUUUUAUUUGGUGGGGCAAACUCGAGUUCACAUUGACACUGUACAAGGUUUAGGCAGCUUCAUGGAAUUGGAAGUGGUCUUAGAUAACAAACAAACAUUGGAAGAAGGCCAGAAAAUAGCUAGAGACUUGCAAAGCAAACUAGGCGUUACAGAUGAGGACUUGUUGGAUUGUGCCUAUAUGGAUUUACUAGAGAAAAAA